AUGUCUAGUCCUUCUGAAAAUUCUAGGAAGAGAUCUGCUUCUGAUGAUGAAGAUGAUAGGUCCAUGAAUCACUCAUCACCAUCGUUGGCAUCUAGCCCCCAGUUACCACCAUCUUCUCCAGCAUUGCCCUUUGAUAAUGACGAAGAGGAUGAAAUUCAUAAUGACAUAGAAGACUUGAAUCCUUCAGAUGAAGAGGAAGGUGAGGACUUGUUGGAUAACAUGGAAAAUGAUUAUCGAAGAAACGAGUCCCAAGAUCAUUAUGACCUAGGCGACGGAAAUAUCGAUGACGAAGAAUACGAAGAAAUGGACGCAGCAACAAGGAGAAGAAUAGACCAGCAAUUGAAUAAACGUGAUACGUUGUUCGGAGGAGAGAAUGGACAUAGGUCAAGAGGUCAAGCAUUCUUAGAUGAUGAAGGCGAAGGCUUGGAUGAUAUGGGUGAAGUUGAUCAGUAUGGGCUCCCAGUUCAAAGAAGGCGAAGGAGACAAUACGAAGAUGAGCCUGAUGAUCUCAUGGAAGAAGAGGAGAUUGACCCGUUCAAUGAAGAACUUUCUUUAGAAAGCUUGACAGAUAUCAAAGCACCGUCGAUCACAGAGUGGAUCUUACAACCAGCAAUCUCUAGAUCGAUUGCCAGAGAGCUAAAAUCCUUCUUAUUAGAGUACACAGAUGAGAAAGGAAGAUCUGUUUACGGUGCCAGAAUCAGAACUUUAGGUGAAGUCAACGCGGAAUCUUUAGAGGUUUCAUACGACCAUUUGGCAGAAUCUAAGGCCAUCUUAGCAUUGUUUUUAGCAACUUCUCCUGCUGAGAUACUAAAAAUUUUUGAUAUAGUUGCAAUGGAAGCAACUGAAUUACAUUAUCCUAACUAUUCACAAAUUCAUCAAGAAAUUCACGUAAGAAUCACAAACUUUCCUAAUUACUUAAACUUAAGAGAUUUAAGAGAAAGCAAUUUAAAUCAAAUGGUUAAAAUUGGUGGUGUCGUAACAAGAAGGACGGGCGUUUUCCCUCAACUCAAGUAUGUUAAAUUCGAUUGUCUCAAAUGUGGAGUUGUUUUAGGGCCAUUUAUUCAAGAUUCAAACACUGAAGUUAAGAUAUCAUUCUGUACGAACUGUCAUGCAAAGGGUCCUUUCAAAAUAAACUCUGAAAAAACUUUAUACCGUAAUUAUCAAAGAGUUACCAUUCAGGAAUCACCAGGUACAGUGCCCGCAGGUAGAUUGCCACGGCACAGGGAAGUUAUAUUAUUGUGGGAUUUGGUCGAUAUUGCAAAACCAGGUGAGGAAAUUGAAGUCACAGGUAUUUACAAGAACAAUUAUGAUGGUCAUUUGAAUGCUAAGAAUGGGUUUCCGGUCUUUGCCACGAUCAUGGAGGCCAAUUCAAUACGGAGAAAGGAAAGUUCCUCGAAUAAUGGUGAAAACAGUAUAAACGCUUGGUCAGAGGAAGAAGAAAGAGAAUUCAGGAAACUCUCUCAUGAGAGAGGCAUAAUUGAUAAGAUAAUAUCGUCAAUGGCCCCAUCUAUUUAUGGUCAUAAAGAUAUCAAAACAGCGAUUGCAUGUUCAUUAUUUGGAGGGGUUCCAAAGGAUAUAAAUGGGAAGCAUUCAAUUAGAGGAGAUAUCAAUGUCCUUCUUUUGGGAGACCCUGGUACCGCUAAGUCACAAAUAUUAAAAUAUGCCGAAAUAACUGCAAAUAGGGCGGUUUUUGCAACAGGGCAAGGUGCUUCAGCAGUAGGAUUGACAGCAUCUGUUAGAAAGGAUCCUAUCACAAGAGAAUGGACAUUGGAAGGUGGCGCUUUGGUGUUAGCUGACAAGGGUACUUGUUUGAUUGAUGAAUUUGACAAGAUGAAUGAUCAGGAUAGAACGUCUAUUCAUGAAGCAAUGGAACAGCAAUCAAUAUCUAUUUCAAAAGCAGGUAUUGUGACAAGUUUACAAGCAAGAUGUGCAAUUAUCGCGGCUGCAAACCCUAACGGAGGUAGGUAUAAUUCAACACUUCCUUUAUCACAAAAUGUUGAUUUGACGGAGCCAAUUUUAUCCAGAUUUGAUAUUUUGUGUGUUGUUAGAGACUUAGUAGAUCCCGAACUGGAUGAAAGAUUAGCAUCUUUCGUAGUGGAUUCUCAUAUGAGAUCACAUCCAACGCAAGAAGAUGGCAUUGAGGCAGAUGAUGAUGAGCGUUUUGAUGAAGAUGAUGAGGAUAUGGUCACAGAUACACCUACAAGGCAGCACAGAAGAACACGAAAUGAGAAAAUAAGUCAAUUGCAUAAAGAAAAAGAAAGUGAGAUAUCCCCAAUCCCACAAGAAUUGCUUGUGAAAUAUAUUCAUUACUCAAGGCAGAAAGUCCAACCAAAGCUCCACCAAAUGGAUAUGGAUAAGGUGUCAAAGGUUUAUGCAGAUUUAAGAAGAGAGUCUAUUUCAACUGGCUCAUUCCCAAUCACGGUUCGUCACUUAGAGAGUAUUUUAAGAAUUGCAGAAGCAUUUGCCAAAAUGAGACUAAGCGAUUUUGUUAGCCAAAGCGAUUUGAACAGAGCCAUUAAAGUUAGUAUUGAUAGCUUCGUAGGUGCUCAGAAGAUAUCAGUACGUAAGCAAUUGCAAAAAUCUUUCCAAAAGUAUACGUUAUCAAGCAGAAGAUAA